AUGAUCGAUAGAAAUAUUGGUACACAAACUUUUGAAACGCUUGUUACAGAAGAUUUAUGGAUUAAAGAUUUUUUAAUUUUAGCAAGUACUCGUCGAUCGAUUGAAUGCUCUGCAAAAGUAUUACCAGCAAAUCAAGCUGAUCGUGAUACCAUUUGUAAUAAACUUCUCAUGCAUAACAUUCAAUUAUCUGAUUAUAUAACGUAG